UGGUCUGUGAGAGUGUUACGCCCUAGGCUCCCUUUUGGUUUUACUCACUUGCUGUGGACGCUAAUCAUCAUCAUCAAAACUUCUUCUUCUUCGUCUUCGUCUUCUCUGUUCGCUCUGCUCUUCUCUUUACUAUUCCCUCAACUUCUUCAUCAAUCUUCAAAAUUCAAAACCAAAUUCCUUUUUUUCUUUUUCUCUCUUUCUCACUCUCCCAUAUAAAUAAAGCCACAUCCUCUCUUUUUUCUUUCUUUCUUUUCUUUUCUUUUCUUUUUUUUCUUUUUUUCGAUCUGGAUCUCUUCAAAUUCAGCCCACGGUUUUGCCCCAAAUUACGCUCCAACCCAGCCCCAAAUCACUCAUGGUUUUGCUAUAAACCGUAAUUUUUCUGCUUCGUAUUUGAAUCUCUACCAUUUCCGAACAGUUUCGGAUCUUUCUCUGUAUUUGCGAUCCCGCCACCGAGAAAACCCUAGCCUUCUGAAUCUCAUAUCAGACUUCGAAUCUUGCCUCCAGCGCAGUCUCUUUACCCUCAUUUUCGCUUCUUAUUUGCGAUCCUGCCAUUUUGGAACCCUAGAAACUUUGUGUAAUUAGGUUUUUAUUUUAGAGAAUUUAUAGCACAAAAAGAGUUUUCAAAACGCUCUCGGUUUUGUUCUAAUUUGCGAUCCUUACCACCAGGAAACCCUAGCUCUUUUAGUUUCUUUUUUUGUUUUUAGUUUUUGGUUUUUUGGAGCAAACAAACCCUAGAUUUUUCGACCCGAUAUUUUUGUUUGGGGACGAUUUUUUGGGGCUUGGAACUUUGAAUCGGUGAAAUGAACAACAACAACAAUAGAGGGAGGUAUCCGCCAGGGAUGGGCGGCAUGGGCCGAGGCGGCGGCAUGAACGCAAACCCGCCGUUCCAGUCGAGGAAUCCGCAGCAACAGUACGUGCAGAGGAGCAUGUUGCAGAACCAGCAGUAUCAGCAUCACCAACAACAACAACACCAUCAUCAUCAACAGCAACAGCACCACCAGCAACAGCAACAGCACCACCAGCAACAACAGCAACAACAACAACAACAACAACAGCAGCAUUGGCUUAGGAGAGGCCAAUUGGGCGGUGUAGAUUCGAGUGUCGAUGAGGUUGAGAAGACCGUGCAGUCCGAGGCCGUUGACUCGAGUUCACAAGAUUGGAAGGCAAGGCUAAAGAUACCACCACCUGAUACACGCUUCAGAACCGAGGAUGUGACUGCAACUAAGGGAAAUGAAUUUGAGGAUUACUUUCUGAAGCGUGAGUUGCUUAUGGGAAUAUACGAGAAGGGGUUCGAAAGACCAUCUCCUAUUCAGGAAGAAAGUAUUCCAAUUGCUUUAACUGGGAGUGAUAUUCUUGCUAGAGCAAAAAAUGGAACUGGGAAGACGGCUGCGUUUUGCAUUCCUGCAUUGGAAAAGAUUGAUCAAGAUAACAAUGUUAUUCAAGUUGUUAUUCUUGUUCCAACUCGAGAGUUAGCUCUUCAAACAUCACAAGUGUGUAAAGAGCUUGGCAAGCAUUUGAAAAUCCAAGUUAUGGUUACUACAGGUGGUACUAGUUUAAAGGAUGACAUCAUGCGUUUAUAUCAACCAGUUCAUUUACUUGUCGGAACACCAGGAAGAAUCUUAGAUCUUGCAAAAAAAGGUGUUUGCAUUUUGAAGGACUGUUCUAUGCUUGUUAUGGAUGAGGCUGAUAAGCUUUUGUCCCCGGAAUUUCAACCUUCAGUAGAGCAGCUGAUUCGAUUUUUGCCUACAAGUCGUCAAAUUUUGAUGUUUUCAGCAACAUUUCCUGUUACAGUCAAGGACUUUAAAGACAGAUAUCUUCAAAAACCUUAUGUAAUUAACCUUAUGGAUGAGCUUACUCUAAAGGGUAUCACACAAUUUUAUGCUUUCGUUGAAGAAAGACAGAAAGUCCACUGCCUAAACACUCUGUUCUCCAAGCUGCAAAUAAACCAAUCAAUCAUCUUCUGCAAUUCAGUGAAUCGGGUUGAACUGUUGGCCAAGAAAAUUACAGAGCUUGGCUAUUCUUGUUUUUAUAUUCAUGCAAAGAUGCUGCAAGACCAUCGUAACAGAGUGUUUCAUGAUUUCCGCAAUGGUGCAUGCAGGAAUCUUGUUUGUACUGAUCUAUUUACAAGGGGAAUAGAUAUUCAAGCGGUCAAUGUUGUUAUUAACUUUGAUUUUCCAAAGAACUCAGAAACAUAUCUGCACAGGGUUGGUCGAUCUGGAAGGUUUGGGCACCUUGGUUUAGCUGUGAAUUUGAUCACAUAUGAGGACCGCUUUAACUUGUACAGGAUUGAGCAAGAACUUGGGACCGAGAUAAAGCAAAUUCCACCACACAUUGAUCAGGCAAUUUAUUGCCGAUAAUUGUUGGUAGAUAUCUUCCUCUAGUGGUCAAGAUGAUGCUGUCCUGUCAUGAAGGUAUCUUCAGUAUAGAGGACGCAUUCAAGGGAAGUUAUGUAUUGUGGGUAAAAGUCUCGGUUGAUGUGGAAGGCGUUUCCUUGGAUUGCUUUUAUUAGUUUCUGGAUUUGCAUUUCCCUGAGACUUAACAGGAUAUGGAGUUUUAGAUUGGCUUAUAAAUCCCGGGUAGAUCCUGGGUCCAGUUCAGAGUUGACUUAGAUUUUAUUAACAGAUUGGUAUCAUGCUAUUUACUCUUAUUCUAGUUUAAUUGCUGUUGAACCGUUGAAGGGUGUACCUUGCGGAAGAAAUCCAUGACUUUUUUUUUUUUC